UAUUCAAGAAAAUAACGCGGAAAUGUUUGGAAAAAUUCACACUCUGGAGCAGAGUGUGAAUAAACUAGCAAGUGAAGUUGCAAAAAGCCACAACAAGCCGAUCUCAUUUGCUGAGGCCGUGCAACUGCCAAAGAAGAGGACCACACCUUCUACAUUGUCGAGUGCCGCCUCCACUGCUGCAGCCAGGGAGUCUCCGCCCCGGACCAAGAAGCUGUCACCCAAGGAGAAUGUGAUCAUCCUGAUGCCAGCAAAAAUAAAUGGAACGGAAAAGGAACAAAGCGGAAAAAUUCGAGAAACAAUAAAAAAGAACAUCACCCGUGAACAGAAUUUGAACAUUAAAAAAGCCGUUGAUGUCCGUGGUGGAGGUGUGCUGUUAGUGCUUCACCCAAGGGCCAAUAAAGAAAAUGUUUUGGGUGAUAAGGUCCUGCAACAUCCAAACAUAAAGCGGGGAUACAAACGAUCUCAAUCAAAGAGAUCAACUACUUUGUAAACAUGUCCGAAGGAAGAGAAGGAACGAUAAAAACAAAGUAGCUUCUCCAGGAUAGCAAUAUUAAAAAAGCUGUGGAGAAAUUGGAGAGACGAGAUGAGCCUCUCCAAUUUCUUAUCUCUAUGAGCCAUCGUUUUGGAGUGGGCAGCAUUGCCGACGAUAAUGAUGAAGAUGAAGAGGCAGCCGUGGAGCAUGACUUAGUGUCUCUUGGAAACUUGGAAGGUAAAUUUGAAUUAUUUGA